CUCGUCACUGGAUGACCUAUAAGCUCUACAAGUUCUCACAUUCUGCAGUAAGACAUUAAACUUUCAAUUCAAGAAACAAAGACAAUCCAUGGCUAUUAGUGUUCCUCGCGUGCUACAAUCAUCAAAGCAGAUUCUCCGUCAAGCAAAACUGUUCUCAUCAUCUUCUUCCUCUAGCAAUCUUGAAGUUCCAAAAGGCUACUUAGCUGUUUACGUAGGAGAAAGAAAGAUGAAGAGAUUUGUAGUUCCCAUUUCUUACUUGAACCAACCUUCAUUUCAAGAGCUACUAAGAAGAGCAGAAGAAGAAUUUGGAUUUAAUCAUCCUAUGGGUGGCCUCACUAUUCCAUGCAGUGAAGAAGCCUUUAUCAAUCUUGCUUCUCGCCUCAACUGAUCAUGGACUCACUCAAAUAACCUUGAUUUUCUACAUUAGUUUUCUUCAAGAAAUGAGAUAGUAUCUCUUCUUGAAAGUGAAACAUAGACUUGUAACACUCUUUUUCCUCACUAAAAAGUGAGUUGACACAAAUCUAAUCAAACCUCGUGAUUCAUCAAUUAAUUUAUCACUUUUUGAAUGUCAGACAAACUCACCGAGGAUACAACUCAGUGUUGGAAUUAUAAUUUGAAGUUUUU